UGACUCUGGGACAGAGACCAAGAGAUCCCGACCGGCAGCAUGGGAACUGUCCGCUCUGAUCUGUCAGUGGCCCUGCAGCACAACUCAGGGUUGUACCAGCACAGGCGAUGUUCAGUGGUCGUGAACCUACCUGGACUUGAGGUGUUCCCUGGAGAUCUCCUGGUGCCAGAUGGAGUGGCCAGCUACCUGUGCCAUCCUGCCCUGCUGCUGAAUUCAGAACCCAAAAAGACGAGAUGGCCAUUCUCCAAAAAAGGCGUGCAGAGUAAAGACAAACAAAAGCAAGCAUUUGACCUGAAAAAUUGCCUUUCCACCAUUAAGAUUACCUACUGCAGUGGAUACGAGUUUCACAGCUUGAAGGAUAAGACCUGGGAAGAAGUUCUGGAAAGACAUGAAAAGCUUCCUAGUGAGCCAGCAGACUUGAGAAAGCAGCAGGAAGCUGUGUGGGAACUCUUCACCAGUGAAUGCACCUAUUAUUUAGACCACUUGCUAGUUCUUAAGAUGGUCUUUAUGAAUACACUCAAAUACCUUCAAAACUACGAAUGCCUCUUGGAUGUGGACUUAUGGAGACUUUUUGCUAACCUUGAAGAAUUAAGUCAGGUCAGUCUCGGCUUCCUGAGCUGUUUUUUCAGCACCAUCAAGGACUAUAUAAAUUCAUCUGGCUCUGCAUCCUCCAUGGAUUUCAUCUCUGUGCUCUCCAAGCAUUUCCGAGGGCGCCUCUGUCAGAGCCACCAGAUUUACUGCCUUAAUUACACCUCUGCCAUCUUCUACCUUGAGAGCUUAAGACAGAGAGAAGACUUCAGAAUCUAUUUAAAGUGGUGUGAAAGGCAUGACCAGUGCAAACGACUCCACCUCCCUGAACUGCUGGUGACUCCCCUGCACCGACUGACCCGGUACCCAUUGCUCCUGAAGAACAUCUGGAGAAGGAGUACCGAUGCCGGGGAGAAAAUUACCAUCUACUCCCUCAAGGAAAAAGUGGAGAACGCGAUUCGUGACCUUGAAGGGAAAGUGAAAUGGCUUGACAAUUUCCAAAAGUUUCGGCACCUCCAGGAGAUCAUAGUGUGGCCUCCACUUUGGGAUCGAGAUAAAAGGUUCUUCAUACCAGAGUACCUGAAACACAUUUUUAAGGAACACAUGACAGAAAACAUCUUGUCACCAGCCAACAGAAACCUCCUUCAUGAGGGAAAAUUGACUCUAGCAGAAAGCACCAGAUUCCUCGACGUCUACUUGUUUCUGUUUGAUGACUUCCUAUUAAUUACAAAAACCAAACACACCAAAAAGAAACUUGGGUGCUCAGACACAGGUUUAGUCUGCCCUUCCCUUACCCCUGAGCUACAGGCGAUGAUUAAAGAAGGUGGUUCAUGUACAGUACUCGAUCAACCCAUUCCUUUGGACCGGCUGGUGGUUAAAAAUAUUGACCCAUUCCAUGUAUCAGUCUUUGGGCUAAGAAAUGCUUUCCUUCUACAACACGAAAACCGUUAUCAACAAUGUGUAGCAGCUUUCUUGUUGCAAGCACAAACGGAAACAGCCAAAAAAACAUGGAUGGCACAAAUUCAAAUGGCAACCUCUUGCUUCAUGAAAAGAUAUGAGACAAAGAAAUCCUCCUUCACUUUGCCUGCAGAAUCCUCUGAGAUCUAGGGACCAGAAUACAAUGACUGUAUCUGCUAUAACUUUUUAUCUAGUGAUAGAGGCUGCUUCUGUGAUUUCACUGGUAUAGAAUGAGGACACGCCCUCUGCCAACUCAACACCUUCUCUAUAAGUUAGAGUCUAAGGGGGCUGCCUAGGGCACUUGAGAGUUUAAAUGACUUGGUCAGAAUCGGGCAGCCAGUACAUGUCACUCUUGGGUUUCCUAGCUUCAAGGUCAACUUCCUACUAUUACAGCAUGCUUCGUCUAACUUUUUAUGUAUUUAGGUUUAAAUUAUCAUUUUUAUAAAGCUAUUAUAACUGUCCCCCCAUGAUCAACUGUGAGGAUAUAGUGGUACUCUGGAAUAUGAAGAUUUGGCUCAAGAAAGUCACCAGAGCAGAGGUUAUAAGGGAGAUCCUAGUGAGAAGCAUUCUGACUUUCAGAAUAUCUGGUAAUAUUUCCAAUAGCCUUGAAAGAUGUCCAGUUAAGAUUAAAAAUUGAACAGUGAGACACAAGGAAAUAGUGGAAGCACCUCUGUCUCUAAACCAGGGGCUCUUAAUUUGAGGUCCAUGAACCUUUUUUUAAAAAAUAUAUAUAUUAUAUAUAUGUAUGUAUAUAUAUAUA